AUGCCUAGCACUGGUUCAGGAACUGGGACUGGACCGCCAAGGGUCCCCACUCAGAUGGAGAUCUUGGCAAUUUUUGCCGACGCGAUCCGUGAACUUGUCACCCAGACAUCUACGCCGACACGUUCUGGGCUCAUCGACGCUUUGUUGGGUCCUAUCGUUGCUCUGCAUGCCGAACUGCAUCAUGUGGACCAACCUGCGCACACUCCGGUUGAACCACUCCGCGGCAUCAAUAUCACCGAAGACGACCCUGAUUACCAAGAAUUGGCGAGUCUUCAUGCGUCACUCAAUGAAGAUUUUUCGGCGUCCCCGGCGUCCCCAAUCAAGCAGCGCGCCCCUCUCUACUUCCCCCCGCAAUCACCAUCACCCGUGCCUCCGGUCUUGUCGUCAUCCACGGUGAACACGAGCCGUACCUCCCGGCUGCCGGCGAGUGCGCCUACGACCCCGCUUACUAGCCGAUCAGUUGGUGUUCCCGACCGAGAUCGCGGCCCAGUCGGUGGUGUUACUCGAUCGCGUUAUGCGACUUCUUGCCGUGACCCCUCCGAAUCGAGCACCUCGACUUAUCACCCAGUCCAGUGCAACGAAUCUGUUUCAUCUUCUCUCGCCUCGAAUGUACGAACACCACGAAUGCCGAACAUCUCGACCUCCGCAACCGAACGUCACGUCACCUUUGCACCGACGCCAACAUCGUCGCCUGCUUCGACCGCUCGAGUCUCGCAGGUGUCGUCUUCCGAGAGCUACGUCAUUGCGGAUAGUAGCGACAUCAUUACAUCUGUCGAUGGCUUGACCCUUGCAGACAAUCCAGAAGGAGUCGUAUAUCAUCUUCCAACCCGCGAGCAAUGCAGAAAUGCCAAGAAGUUCUACGUUGUCGUCGUGGGUACUGAGGUCGGCAUCUUCACCCUCUGGGCUACAGCCCGCACCGCGUCCCAUUGCUCCGGGGCGAUUAUGGAGUCAUUCGCUACUUACGACACUGCAUUCAAAGCUUUCCGUGACUCUCUCAGGCUAAGGAACGUUAGGAUUGUGUAG